AAGAAGUUAAUGUUUAAAAAUGAAAAUCAUGGUUUAUGCUCAGUCAUGCAGCUCGAGUGCCAGUCUACAUUUUUUGAAGCUUUAGUUUUCUUUACCAUCUCAAAACACUUGUGAUCAAACCACGAUUACAGCUCACUGUCUAUCUGUCCUGCAUAAAUGAAGCUUUGCCAGCAAUGGGACCCAGCGGCACUGUGUCACCCUCUGCAAGAGAGCACUGUUCAGCUGUGGGUGGAGCUUUCAUCACUGCUGUCCAGUGGAUUUUACUGUCCCCUCCUUCCACCUUCUGUUUGUGAUUUACUGCAUGCUGGAGUGUAUAUGUGUGUGCGUGUUGUAGCUGUAGACGUUCUGCAUUGCAUUUUUUGAUACUGUUGGAACGCAGACAUAAUAGACACAGCUGGGCCACCCUGAAAAAUCAAUAUUGACAAAGAAGGAAGGUGGUGAGGUGAGCCUGUCCUUCAUACACUCAGUGAAAAGAAUAUCUCUCCAUCUGUUUUUACAGUACACCAUACUGAUGAUUUUUGCAGCUGGGAGUGUAGGUACAUUUCACAGCUGAUUCACAGCUCUGCUUUAUAUUGUUUGAUAAAGGUGGCAUAUCUCUUUUCCUGCAUAGUGUUUGUGGAUUGUGGAAAGCACAGAGUGGGUGACUUGGGAAAAUUAGAUCUUCACUCCCAGCAGCUCUCCUGUGCCUGAUUCACUGUAGUGGCAGAGCUGUCGCUUUCUUUGAAUUAUGCAUAGGGCCUCUUUUUUUUUUCCAUAAGAAGCGUUCCCACAUUACGUAACACUUGUCUUUUUGAUUUUGCGGUUUUCGGCCUGGUCGGUUUAGCCUCGGUAACGAUGCUCUGGAACAGCAAUAAGUGUCACUAUCCUACUAGGCGGUGUCCCUUGAUUCUGGCAGCCAGUUUCCCUCUCUGGUCUCUUUACCUCUCCUCUCCCCUGAGCUCAUUGCGAUGCACUCGUUCUGCAGUCUUAAGUGACCUUCAGAAUACAUUUCAACUGCUCCUGCUCCUCUCAUCGUCUGCCUCCACACACACACACACACACACACUGGUCCAGAUGAUGAAACCAACCCUCUGUUCAGGUUUUAGUUUAUUUAUUUAGAUCCUCCCCCUUUAAAAGCAUAUGCACAGACAACCAAGGCAUAUUAAAGAGGAUGAAAGGGAGUGUCAAAGUGUGCUUUUGACUUUAGAGGUUGCUGACGGUGUCCUAGGGUGUAAUUAAAGGGUGAGAGCGACAGUUUGGAUAAAUUAUGUGUCGUAUGAGUGAAUGUGUCGAUGUGUGUGUGUAUAUCUGUGUUUGGGGUGGAGUGGGAGCGGAGGGGUGGAGAGAUACUGAGAGAGAGUCAGGCCUGUGCAUACUGCAGCCUCAGCUGGAUGCAGUGGAUCAGCUGCUCCCUCCAUCCCCAUCUCAUUUCUCCUCUGUCACCCCCCCCCCCCACACAUACACACACUGUCCGCCCCUCCCCCCAUUCUCUCUCUUUCUCUCUCUCUCUCUCUAUGCACCUCUAGCUUUGGUAGCAGUAGUCUUGAGCAUCCUUGCUGCUGAUGCUGCUAUAAAUAUCUGCUGGUAGCCGUAGAGCGGCAGAGAGCAGCAGGCAGGCCAGAGGGAGGAGCAGAAGACCAGAGGACAGGACAAGGGGAAGGGAUCUGUGGCAGAGAAGAUAACAAAAUGACAGGCGGUCGAGUUCGAAAAAGAAGAAGGGGGGAGAUGAGAGGAGGGGAGCUGCUUAGUUAGCUCUAAGAAAGAGGAAGAGGAGGUAUUUGUAUGUUCUGUGGUGUAGUUAUUGGCUGUUGCUGGACUUCAUAUUUAGGCCUAAACUUGUUUCGGACUAUACCCAAACUGUCGGUUGGAGUUGAGCUGAGUCAACAUUCAGACCCAACAGUGGAAACUGGAGCUGGAAUUUUCCUUCCUGGCCUCUAACAACCAGGCUUCACAUGUACUGGAACCUCCGACCUCCGAACUUCGACCUGAAUCCCAUCAGAACCCCUUCCAGGUGGCCAGUUGUGCAGUUUCGCGUGGAGAUGCGGGCCAGGGCGGGGCUGAGAUGUCAUGCUCCUGUGUUGCUGGUGGUGCCUGAGGCCUGAGGCAGUGGAGCUGGACAGCAGGAGGGUGGACCACCACCGCGUGCUGACCUGCGAGGCCACUGCCUCUGCCGCCAUCACAGCUGUUUCCCUUGACCAGUGGGAGACAGGAACAACCAGCACUGCCUUGCAGCCCUCCCAAAGUGUGAGAAACUCGAGCUAUAGUCUGCCGUCCUACCACCCCUACAGCAACAGCUAUGACUACUCAGACCAGAGCAGGCAGAGCGAGCGCUCGGGCCUCUGUGGACUCUCCAACCUGGGCAACACCUGCUUCAUGAACUCUGCAGUGCAGUGUUUAAGCAAUAUUCCUCCACUGACGGAGUACUUCCUCAAAGACAAGUACACGGACGAGCUGAAUGAGGACAACCCAUUGGGCAUGAAGGGGGAGAUUGCCAGAGCGUAUGCUGAGCUUAUCAAGCAGUUGUGGUCGGGCAAAUACAGCUACGUCACCCCAAGGCCUUUCAAGACUCAGGUGGGCCGCUUCGCCCCACAGUUCUCGGGCUACCAACAGCAGGACUCUCACGAGCUGCUGGCCUUUCUCCUAGACGGCCUUCACGAGGACUUGAACCGCAUCAGGAAGAAGCCCUACAUCCAGCUGAAGGACGCUAAUGGCAGGCCUGACAAGGUGGUGGCGGAGGAGGCUUGGGAGAACCACAUAAAGAGGAACGAUUCUAUCAUUGUGGACAUAUUCCACGGUCUUUUCAAAUCCACCCUUGUUUGUCCUGUGUGCUCCAAGGUCUCUGUGACCUUUGAUCCUUUUUGCUACUUGACCCUGCCCCUGCCCAUGAAGAAGGAGCGCACACUGGAGGUCUUUCUGGUCAGACUGGACCCUCUGGCUAAGCCCACGCAGUACAAGCUGACUGUGCCGAAGGUGGGCUACAUCUCUGACCUGUGUACCUCCCUCUCCAACCUGUCUGGAGUGCCUGCUGAGAAGAUGAUUGUCACUGACAUCUAUAACCACCGCUUCCACCGGAUCUUUGCCACCAACGAGAACCUCAGCAGCAUCAUGGAGAGAGAUGAUAUCUAUGUAUUUGAGUUGGCGGUUAACAGGGUGGAGGAUACCGACCACGUAGUGAUCCCAGUGCACCUGAGGGAGAAAUACAAACAGUCAGGUUAUAACCACACCAGCACGCCUCUCUUCGGACAGCCCUUCCUCAUUGCCGUCCCCAGAACCCUCAGCGAAGACAAAUUCUACAACAUGCUGCUCCUGCGUCUCUGCCGUUUUGUCAGAUCUUCUGUAGAGGAGGAUGAAGAGGACUGUGAAGAGACGCAGCCAUCUAAACAACACACUGUCAAUGGUAACGCCACUAAUGGACUGCUGGAGGAGGGGUCGCCGAGUGAGAUGGAGACCGAUGAGCAGGACGACGAGUCCAGUCAGGAUCAGGAGCUGCCCUCUGAGAACGACAACAGCCAGUCAGAGGACUCUGUGGGCGGGGACAACGAGCUGGAGAACGGUGUGGUCGGUCCUCAGAACUCCACCAAAGGCCAGCAAACAGCCGGGCACAACAGAAAGAGACUUUUUACAUUCCAGUUCAACAACAUGGGAAAAACGGACUACUCCCUCAUCAAGGAGGACACCAGGCAGAUCCGCUUUGACGAGGGACACCUACGGCUAAGUGAUCGCUCUUAUCUUUCCUUGGACUGGGAACCAGAGAUCAAGAAGAAGUACUUUGAUGAGACUGUUAUCGAGGACUUUGACAAGCAUGAGAGCAUGGAGUACAAACCUCAGAAGAAGGCUUUCUUCAAGCUGAAGGACUGCAUCGAACUGUUUACCACCAAGGAGAAACUGGGAGCAGAGGACCCAUGGUACUGUCCAAACUGUAAGCAGCACCAGCAAGCCACGAAGAAGCUGGACCUGUGGUCUCUGCCGCCGGUGCUGGUGGUCCAUCUGAAAAGGUUCUCCUACAGUCGUUAUAUGAGGGAUAAACUGGACUCCCUUGUUGAUUUCCCACUCAGAGACCUGGACAUGUCUGAGUUCCUGAUCAACCCCAACGCUGGGCCCUGUCGCUAUGACCUCAUCGCCGUGUCCAACCACUAUGGCGGGAUGGGUGGAGGCCACUAUACUGCUUUCGCCAAGAACAAAGACGACGGAAAGUGGUACAACUUUGAUGACAGCAGCGUAUCCUCUGCUAACGAAGAUCAGAUAGUGUCCAAAGCAGGCUAUGUGCUGUUCUACCAGCGCCAGGACACGGUCAAAGGCACCGGCUACUUCGCCCUCGACCGCGAGGAAGAGGAAGAAGAUGAGGACGAGGAAGAGGAAGAAGAGGAAGAGGAGAACAUAGGCAAGGGGCGGCAGGAGAGGAAGGCCGCCUCCUCUGCUCAGGGCGCCUCAUCCGCUGCCGGCGCUUCCAUCCAAAGCGACGAGGAGGACUUGAACGAGAACAGGCGCAGGAAGAACGACAAUGAGCAGGAAGAGGAGGAGGAAGAAGAGGAAGAAGAGGAGGAGGAAGAGGAGGAGGAACAGGCACCCAGUCGGGACGUCCCCAUGAAAACCAACUGAGGCAAAUGAGGACAGGAAUCAAUGGAGAGAGAGACUAGGAUCUUUCCAUCCAAAGCCAUAUGGACACACAGCAUGGCAGCGGGCACCACCGGUCCCACCCAGUGGCUCGGACUUGGCCACUCGACAGGCGGGGCCACGGCUGGGAUGACGGCUGUCAGGUGGGGGAGCUGUCGGAGUACGCAACAAAAAUCAGGGCCCUCUUCUGUGGUUGGAUCACUGUGUGCGUGUGUCUGUGUCGAGUGUGUGUGAGUGUGACAUCACGACCAUUUGUGGAAGAUUUGCUCACCUGCUCUCUGAAAAGACUCACCGAACAACAUGGAAGAAUGAUUUCGAGGCUUCACAGUACUUUGGUGUCGCGCUCUGAAUCUCCCUCUUACGUUUUGUGCUUCUUUGUUGUUGUUGUUGUUUUUUUGUUGUUUUGAGAGAAAGUUUCUUUGAGAGCAUCGUUUGCAUAUCAUUUUAUUUCAUUUCAUUUAGACCUUGUAAAUAUUUUAAACACUGAGUUAUAUUGGGUUUUCAUGAUGCGCUGAAAUGUUUUGAACUUGCACAAUCAACCAUCCACCUUUUUUUUUUUUUUUUUUUUUUUAAUGUAUCAUUGCCAGACAUACUGCAAAUGUGUAAUGACUUUCUCAGAGGGUUUUCUCACAUAAAAAGCUUAGGAAGCUGCCUUCAGCAAGCCAGUGAUGGAACGUGUCUACAGUCUAGACUCAACAUGGACAGGGUCACGCUCAUAGUUGUGUGGUUUUAUAAAGUGUCCAACAGCCAAACUAUCUUCAUUUUGUACUGCUGCUGUGAUAUUGCUUUUUUAAGACAGAUUAUUAGCAUAUUGGCAUGAACUUUAGAGGUUUAAGGUCCGGCUUUUGCUGUCUCUCUCUUAUCUCCUCUGUUGAUCAUUUCUAUUAUAAACCUAAAAUAAAGCGAAGAUGUUAUCCAGCUAACUUCACAAAGUGAUCAAACAGAUCUCAAUUGUGCGUAUUUUGAAUGAAAAUGAAUUGGCUAAAAAGUGUUUCAGGAGUUCCAGAAGCGCUAUGUCUUAACUCAACAUAAUGCACAGGAAUGGCAAGAAAUAUGCGUUUGAAAGUUAGCUGGUUAACUCGGACGUCCUCAGCUACGAAUCUCCUCUUCCACACUCCCUCUUAGGCUAUUCAUACGUGGUGUUUUAAAGCUUUACCACAGCUCUGCACUCUUCCUCCCCUUCAUAUUGGAGGCGCUGUGAGAUUAGAAACAUCGGUGAUUUCGCUGACAUCAGAUGGGUCAUCUCUUGUAUGCAUCACCUCGGCCUUAACUCUUAAUCUCAGAGCAGUCGCCUUUUCUUUGCACAUCACCGUCGACACCGUCUUUCUUGCACGGCCCUUUCACAUGCCAACACACGUGUACAAAUGUCCAUAUUGCUUGUCUGCUUGUUAUAUCAAAGCCACGGCAUCUCCAGCAUUUUAUUUUAUAAUCCACAAGAGGGCCAGAAUGUAUGCUGAAUGAAAUGAACACUGACCGGAUGUAUGUGGCUGAUGCCUUUUUUGAUUCUCCAUAGGGCCACAUUUGUUUUUUUCCUCCUUUUUUUCAUGGCUCCCUUUCUUGGUUUGAUUGGAUGUGAUUGUAAUGGGUUCUUCGCCUUUGAUAUUAGCUGUACGAAUUCACGGGAACUGCUGAAUGCAUCCCUUUCCAAAGGAGGGAAGAAAAUGCAUCUUUGUGGUCCUGAGCUUUGACGAUGGGAAGGGAGGGAGGGGAGGUGGACAAAACAAAACAAAAAAAAACAAACACAAAACUGUGGGGUGAGUCUGCCUAAAAGGCCCUUCAGCUUUUGGGAUGAUACAGUGAAAAUAUUGUGUGGCAGAUCUUCGCAGGUUAUUCCUCCAUCAGUGUAACUCAUGACAAAACUAUCCUCCAUGGUGGAGUGUUAUGUUUUCUUUUACUACCUGUUCUUUCCAUUGUAAACAGCAUUAGCGUACCUGUUGUCACCUCAGAAUAUUAGCUGUGUACCAUGCCUUUCUGAGCAUCUCUGUGCUUUGACUUGACUGUGGGCUUCAUCGCCUCGCCGCUGCCUUGCUUUUUGGGCGACUCACCCCAUCCUGACUGAGAUGUGAUUGCUACUAUAGGCUUAUACAAUACUGUACAUAAGAGUUCACUCUGUGAGUGCACAUUUGAUAAAGUUUAUUUAUUUAUAUGUAAGCAUUUAAUAUUGAACAGACAAUAUAUUUAAAACCUUGACAAGACCUGAAAUGUCAGUGGAAGGGGGGGUGGGGGUAGGGUGGGGUGGCGUGAGUCCACAUAUACACACUAGUUUGCAAAGUCUUGCCUGUGCUCUUGUCAGGGAGGGAAUAUUUUUUAAAAAAAGGAUGGUUCUGUUGUUUCGGGACUUUUUUUUGUAAAAAUAAUCCGGACAUCCUUGCAUGACGACAUUGACGGGGGUUCCAGGUUUGGCUGCACUUGAGUUCACUUGGGUUUACAUUUGAAAUGUGCAUGUGUAUUUAUACACAAUCUUCAAUAAAGUUGUGUAAAGCUUC